GAGAGAGAGAGAGAAGCUAAAUAAGCGAUUCACUGUGGUUGAGAUGUCUGCUGUUGCUCUUUGGGUGGUUACUCCUCAAGAGAAUGUAACCAAUUUUGUUAGAUUAAUGGGUAGAAAUGUUGGCGAUGGGAGGAAGAAAUGUGGGCCUUGCUUGAGUUUCUCAACUGGGUUGUCGAUUUCGUCCACUGCUGUGGGGAAUCCAUUGAGAUCUUCUGAAGAGAUGGUUUAUGAUGUGGUGAUUCAGCAGGCAGCUUUGGUCGGAGAACAGAGGAGGAGAAGAAGAACUGUGGAUUUGAGACCUGUGGAAUCUGAUUUCUUGAGUAAUCGGACUCUUUUGAACGAGGCUUAUGAACGAUGUGGUGAGGUCUGUGCCGAGUAUGCGAAGACAUUUUACUUGGGGACAUUACUAAUGACACCAGAGAGGAGAAGGGCCGUGUGGGCAAUAUACGUAUGGUGCCGGCGGACAGAUGAGCUUGUGGAUGGGCUUAAUGCUGCACAUAUCACACCGAAGGCUCUUGAUCGAUGGGAGCAAAGAUUGGUUGACCUCUUUGAGGGCUGCCCUUAUGACAUGUAUGAUGCUGCUCUAUCUGAUACUGUUUCGAAAUACCCUGUUGACAUUCAGCCCUUUAAGGACAUGAUCAAAGGGAUGAGCCUAGACUUGAAGAAAUCUAGAUACAAGGACUUCGAUGAUCUGUAUCUCUACUGCUAUUAUGUAGCUGGUACAGUUGGACUAAUGAGCGUUCCAGUGAUGGGGAUUUCUCCGGCAUCAAAGGCGUCUACAGAGAAUGUUUAUAACUCUGCAUUAGCCCUUGGGAUCGCUAAUCAGCUCACCAACAUUCUCAGGGAUGUUGGAGAAGAUGCUAGGAGAGGAAGGAUAUAUCUUCCUCAGGAUGAAUUGGCACGUGCCGGCCUCUCUGAGGAUGACAUCUUCCGUGGGAAAGUGACUGAGAAGUGGAGGAAUUUCAUGAGGAGUCAGAUUAAACGUGCAAGAAUGUUCUUUGAUGAAGCUGAGAAGGGUGUGGACGAGUUGAACCCAGAAAGUAGAUGGCCGGUAUGGACAUCAUUGUUGCUAUAUCGGCAGAUUUUAGAUGCAAUUGAAGAAAAUGACUACAACAAUUUCACAGAGAGAGCCUAUGUAGGGAAGGGUAAGAAGUUACUUUCACUGCCAAUGGCCUACACCAAAGCACUAUUGGGACCAUCUAAACUGAAGGGUUUGAGAGGGAGAUGAGUUCAAUUUUUUUGCCUUUCAGGUGAAGGGCCCUCUAUUGCACAAAAUGUGAUUUUUUUUGUAAAAUCCAAGCUCAUUUAAUUGCAGAAAGAGGAAUUUUACUUUGUUUUCA